GGAAGUAAGCUGCGCGAGUUCGCUUCUUGGAGUAGUUCUCGCGAUAUUCCAAGCUGGAUAGGGUAGAGAAAAUGGAUGGUUGUGCUAACACGCUAACGGAACAAUUCUGAUGUUAAGUGGAUUAUAAUUGACUUAUGUUAAAGCCUUGAUAAAUUACUGCGGAUGCUUGUGUGCAACCAAUGGAGAAUAACAGCCUCCUGAAUGCUGGCUCAGAGGACCAACAGAGCCAGUCAAAACCUUUGGAUGAUAAACCCGGAUUGUCCCAGAUUAGAAAGUCCUGGGGCUUCAGACGAUCAACUAUAGCUCAACGGGAGUUCGUGGAUGAAGUUGGAGAGCAAACCAGUAGUCCUCUACUUGUGCGUCGGGCUAGAAGCCGUCAUUCUACUCAGACACCACCUGCCCUUAAAGACAACAAAGUCGCCCAAGCUCGUCAAGCAUCACUGGCAGUUAUAAAUGACCUGGAGUGGUCUGCCCCAGCUUCGCCAGUAUCCGAAGAGCCCAAACCAGCUUUAUCCCAUGUGGGAGGAUGCCUUGACCCCAGCAUGUGGCAGGACAUUGGGUCUGCCUUUGGCACGGCUUUCUCUCUUCUUGGCGGAGAUGAGGGGUUGUCAAUGGACAUAUCUGAUGAUUUGGCAAUUCCAGAAGUUUUACCAGUUUCUGAUGCCACAGAGCCCAUUCUACUAGUUGCAGAUAACACAGAGGUGUCUGAGUAUAGGGAACUUGCUCAUAAUGUUGGAAUUUUGCAGCCUGUCCCUUUGGAGAAGGUGGCAAGUGGGAAUGUCGAAGAUGUAGUUUUGAUCUCAAGCCAAGAUGAGGAUAGCGAUGAGGUAACUUUGAUACAAAUAAAGGAGCAAUUGCAAUCUAAAUCCAUGCACAAACUCAUAGAUGGGAGAGGAGGAAGAGGGAAGGCCAGAGGUAGAGGAAGAGGACGAGGAAGGGGUAAAGGCAGAGGUAGAGGGAGGGGUAAGGCAUUGGAGGUUCAAUCAUUAGUGGAGGAUGAUGAUGUGAUGCUUGUUAAUCCAUCAGAAGAACAGCUGCAGCACCUACAAGAAGGGCAUAAAGAAAAUGAUUCACACACACUCAUAAGCAUGGAGACAUCUCCUGCCCACUCAGUUAAGACUCUGAGUCCAGUUCAGCAAAUGAGCUCAGACUUUAUUAUCAUAGACACAGAUGUGGAGCAGAAUACUGACACAACUUCAGGCCCCUAUGAUGAUACACCAGAAGAGGGUAAAAGGCAAGACCACAAUGAUAGGGAAGUCAUACAACAUUCAAGAAUUUUGGCUUCUAAUAUAUAUGAUCCCACUGCUGUGUACUGCAUCUGUCGACAAAAACACAAUAAAAGGUUUAUGAUCUCCUGUGACAGUUGCCAAGAGUGUUUUCACGGCGACUGCGUUGGUGUCAGUGAAACGGAUGGCCGUACAGAGUACCUCUGCCCACCAUGCACUUCAAAGAAGCUGAGCCAACCUCCAUCAGAUUCUCACACCCAGCCAGAACCAAAAAAGUGUCCAGUGGUCUUGUCACUGAUUCCUUCUGGAGACAAACAAUACAGACAAGAGGAGCUGGACUCCCUCAAGAAGACUGUACAGGUGGAGGGGAAUGAUAUAGAGGUGGCUUCUGUAAACGUUCCUGAGCCUGCGCCUGGAACUGAAGUGGAGAUGGAGACAGAUAGCUCACUUCCGCUAUGUAUUGGACAAGGAUGCUCCAGACCAGCUUUACUGGACUCUGUUUAUUGUGGCGCUGACUGCAUUAUUCAGCAUGCUACCUUUACUAUGAAGUCCAUCUCUGACACAAAGGAGCCCAAACCUAGAGGCCGAGCACAGAGAAAUGCUACAACUACAACACCUACUGCAAAGGGUCAGUGUAGUAGGGUGUCUCCAAGGUUAGCAGCAAAAGCUGAGGAAAAUGCCAACGAAGAGGAGUUGAUGGAAGGUGAUGGAACACAAACAGCCUGUGACUCCAAUCUCACAGAAGUUCAGGCCACUUCUCUACCGUCAUCUAAGUUGUACACAGCGUUAACAAAGGGGUGUAAACAAAUUGAAACUCAAUCCCCUCCAAAACAAAACCCAGAGGACCCAACUACAGAUGCAUCUCCCUCACAACAACCUACCAUCGAACAAGGUCUACCUCAAAGUGACUCAAAUGCCACCACAAAGGAUUCCAUAAAAAGUGACGUUUUAGUAGAAACUGAAAAAUCAGUUCCCUUAAUAAUGCCUAAUGAAAAAUUAGGUCUGGCUCCCCCCACAUCAUCUCCAAACACACCAGGAUCCAAAAAAUAUGAAAAGGGGGGUGUUUUGAACUCUACAACAUACAUAAUACCUAAGAAGCAAUCUGGACUUAAGCCUUUGUCAAGUAGCCAAAUGGCAACCCCAAGCCUGAAGCCUAUGGCCCCCACCCUACUGAAUGAGAGCCGAAAUCUCCCUGUACCACCUGCACCAAGCGCUCCCUCCUCCAGACCCUCUCAGCCAAAUAACCAGGUCAGACAGAGCAUCCAGCGCUCCCUCACGAGCAUCUUGCUUAAAAGGGUUUGUGACUGUGAAGAUUUGGAAAUGUGUGAAAGUGAUGCUGCAAAGCUUGUUGCAAGCAUUGAGACGGAGAUGUUCGACAUUUUUCGUAAUACAGACAGCAAAUACAUGAAUAAGUACAGAACUAUUAUGUUCAACUUAAAAGAUCCAAGACACAAGGGCUUGUUGUAUCGAGUUGUGCAAGGAGAUAUCAGUCCUUUCAGACUGGUCAGGAUGAGCCAAAAGGACAUGCAGGCUACCAAGGCACCAGACCAAAAUGUAAAGGACACGUCAGAGGUUAAAAAUGCAGCUGCACAAGGGCCAAGUUUUUUGCAGAAACCUGAAGUUGCGAAGGUUGACCUUUUCUGUUUAAACAUUACUAAACCUGAUAGAAGACCUGUGAGCAAUAAGAGAAGUAUUUCUACUCCCACUCUUACUCCGAAGAACAGAAGAACUGAGCAAAGCAGAGAGAAUGCAGUACCAGACGUUCUUACCUGUAUGCUUAAGGACACAACUUCAGAGCACAAGGCUCACCUGUUUGAUCUAAAAUGCAAGAUAUGUACAGGGCAAAUACCACCAUUUCGGGAAGAGGAACCUCCAAAUAAGAAAAAAAGACUUUCUGAAUCAAGCGACAAGCAUUAUUCUCGGCGGAGAAAGGAAGAUGACUCACCACUGCGGGCGCCACCAGACUCACCUGACAUGGAUUUUUCAACAGACUGUCCUUAUGACCCUUCAUCCCGCCUUAUUAUUGACACGGGUGAUUUGACCAUUGUUGAAUCUCCUGUUUCUACUGUAAUGGAUUCCCCUGCCUCUCCUACUUUGGAGUCUCCUGCCUCUCCUGUCCUGGAGUCUCCUACAUCCCCUACUGAUGAUACUUCAAAAACCACAAUACCAAAAAGAGCAUACACACCUGUUGUGAUUCCAGCAGUCUCCACAGUAACUAUUACAAGGCGUGACCCACGAACUGCAGCUAACAGGAGCUCUGCUGCAUUUAGUGGUACCACAAAUACAUCCCACAAUCAAUCAGCACCUUAUGCUCCUCGAGGGGCUUCCUCUGCUCCAUCAUCAGUACCAACCUUGACAGUGCAACCAACAAAACUAAUACCAAAACCUAUUCUAAUGAAGCCACCCUCUUCAGCUGAUCCCAGAUUUUAUGACACAUCAUCAAGGACUGUGAUUUCUGAAUCUCCAGUCGAUGGUGCAACUGCGCAGUUUCUGGCUAAGCAGGAAAUACUAUGGAAAGGCUUCCUGAACAUGCUCACUGUAUCAAAGUUUGCUACCAAGGGGUAUCUGGUUUCAGGAUCUGCUGAAAUUCUAAAAUCGGAACUGCCAGAUACCAUAGAAAUCGGAGGAAGAAUCAUGCCUCAAACAGUAUGGGACUAUGUUGCAAAGCUAAAGACCUCUCUUACAAAGGAUUUAUGUGUGAUCCGCUUUCAUCCUGCUACUGAAGAGGAAGAGGUGGCAUACGUCUCUCUCUUUUCCUAUUUCAGCAGCAGAGGGCGUUUUGGUGUUGUGUCAAACAACAGCCGUUCCAUCAAGGAUGUCUAUCUUCUACCACUUAGUGCAAAGGAAUCAAUCCCAUCCAUACUACAACCUUUGGAAGGACCAGGACUUGAAAAGGUCAGGCCCAAUCUUCUUCUUGGUUUGGCAGUUAUCCAAAAAACAAAACGUCCAGGAAGUGUGCUUCAGGAAAUUGAACAGAAAAAAACAAGGGUUCACCUGUCUAAAGACCCUAUGUGGAUCCCAAAACCUCCAGUUCUUUAUGGUUCUGACAAAUUGGAGCUGUCCCAACCCCAUGUUCUACAGACCCCUGCGAGCACAAGCCCUCCCCUCACACCCUCUUAUCCUGGGUCACCAUCUGAUUCAUCUUCUAACUCAGAUAACAUGCCAUUACUACUGGCCUCCAUUAAAUCAACCCCUGCUGUUUCCACCUCAGCACCUGCUGCAUCAACUCCGUCCACAUCCAAUAAUGACAAAAAUCUUAAAUUUCCAAGUGAUGAUACACCACUAAAGACUAUCUUGAGUACAUUGUUCCAAAAUAAGCCAACUAGUAUCAUGGUUUCGAAUGGCAAAAAUUCUGCUACUAAUACUACAACAGUAAGUGCUACGAAGGGCUCUGUACUUUCUCGUGUGUCAGGAUCAACGGUCGAUCCAAUUGUUCAACAGUACGGGCAGAAAGCUAAAGUCAAAGCGAUAGAAGAGGAGGAAAAUGCAUUUGAUCGUCCAUAUGACCCAGAAGAGGAGUAUGAUCCAGCAAUAGGAUAUGGAACCUUUUCUUCACAGACCCCAGAAAACAAGCUGGAAGACCUUAAAUUUUCAGGUUUUAAUGAUGACUACGAUGUAGCCUACGAUCCUGAGGAUGAGACUAUUUUUCAAGAUUUACCAAGUGAUGCAAAGAAAUGUUCUGAUCAAUCUCAAAUGUUGAACUGUCCAUCGUCAUUGGUAAUUUCAGCACAAGCUAAAACACCUACUUGUACUACUAGUUCACCCAAGGCUUCUUCAGUAACUGAAGUUCUGCAGACCAUUCCGACCGGCACCGUGGUUGUCUCAGCUGCUACAUUGACUGAGCAGCAGCGAAUGCUUGAGGAGCUUAAUAAACAGAUUGAAGAGCAAAAACAACAAUUAAAAGAACAAGAAGAGGCACUUCGUCAACAAAAAGAGGCUGUGGGUAUGUUCAUGGCACAAUUUUCUGUUAGUGAUUCCAUGAUGUCUGCUUCCUCAAAGUCUCUGCCUCUCAGUCAGGUUUCAUCCCUUCAGAGUAGUGUAAUUCACUCAGAGUCAAAACCUUUUGAAGAAAGAGAUUCAAAGCCAGAAAUUGCCAGCAAUCUAACAAACUAUGUUGAUGAUCCAAACUCCGAUUCACCAUCUGAUAAGCAGGAAAACACAAAUGUUAAUCCUUGUUUAAACAUACCAUCAGUCACAGUGCAAGAUGACGUAUCUGGCAAUAUAAAGGACAAUGACAAAUACUCAUCUGCUGGUGAGAUUGAAGAUUCUGAUGUACCUUAUGAUCCAGAGGAUGACCUUUUCAAUGAAAUUCAAGAUGAUGUAUUUCAAGGAAGCACUACAAAUAUUCAGGAUUCAUGUUCAUCUACAACAGGACACAGGGGCACAUCUCCAAAUUCAUAUCACAGCAGAAGGCAUAGGUUAUCACCAAAGAGGCGGAGUCAUCGUGAAAGAGAUAGUCACAGAAGUCCUUCAAGUAGAUCCCAGCAGCGUUCUACUUCACAUUCUCGGAAACACAGAGAAAGGAAUAGACACAGAAAAAGUGAAAGAGACAGGUCAAAACAUAGAAGUAAAGACCACUCUGAACGCCAGGGUCGUCAUCAUAAAGUACAUAGUACAAGGCGGCAUUCCCACGACCGUAAAAGAUCACCUUCCUCUUCCAGCAAAAGAGAUUUGGUGUCCCAUGCGCAUGAGUUUAGGGCAGCUUCCCCUAAUAACAGUGAACAACAUCAAUUAAAGUCCAAUGUUGAUGGUGUUAAUAAUCCCAAUCAAAAAAGCGCUGAUAAAGACCUUUCACAAAAAAAUGUUGAUUUAAAACCUGAGACUUCACAGCAACCAGUCAGUGUGCACAAUAAUUCACACAUUCAGCAGGGAACAGGUGGAAAUAAACUUGAAAUUCCAAUUCCUCUGAGAGUAAUUGACCCACCCAUUCGAGAUUCGCCAGAGAGUCCUGAUCCUGAUCCACGAUUUGUAGCACCUACCAGUAUCAGAGAUAAUCAUCCAGCUGAAUCUGAGGACAUCAUAGAUUCUGUGACACAAAUCAGUGACCCUCUUGAGAAAGUUAAAAAUGAUUGUCAGAUUUAUGGAAGUGAAGAAAUGUUAGUGAACAUGCCACUGUCCAUUGAAGAUAUGAAAUCAAAUGUUGGCAUGGAUUUGAGCACUACAGAUGUACAGGGAUCAGAUUCAGGGGAACAAGAUAUGUCAGGAAAAUGUUUAGAGCUAAAGCAUUCCGAAAUGAAAAAAAUUGCUCAUGCAGUAAUAACAGAUGUACCUGAACUAGGCAUAGAGUUGACAUGUUUAGAUAGGGGUCCAGAACACCAUACCAGCCAUCAUAAAAUCAAAAUUGAAGGGAAUUUGUCUGAGUCAGAAUACACAGGUGAGAAGCCACAUGUUACUGGCCAGCCGCAGAUGACUGGAAAAGUUAUUGAACCCAAUAAUCAAAGUUGUAAUUUCCCCAAGAUGAGAGAUUUUCAGCCACUUAGAAGAGAUGUUGGCCUAAACAGAGGUUAUUGUAAUCAAGAAAAUAGUGUAAAAUCAAAUUUGUCAACAGGCUCGGAGAAUAACUUUUUGACUGCAUCCCCAGCUGUGUCAGAUGAUAAACAACAUAUAAAACAAGAUGAUGCCUGUGUGAGGGGACCAGGGCCAAAUAUAAAAUAUGAAAAUUCUGACACUUUUUGCAUUGGACAAGACACCAUUGGAUCUGCAAAUUCUCAGGAAGCACAAUUCAAUAUUAAGUGUGAAAGAGGUAUUCAUGACCUUGACAUGAAAGUAUCACAAAAGCAACUGGAACAGAGAAGGCAUAAUACAAGUGAAGCUUGUUCUUUAGGUCCUGGUCAGAGUGUGGCUUGUUUGAGUGGUCAAGGUUUUAGUGAUGCAGUCAAUUCAAAUGCUGUAAGUUCAGGAAGAGGCUUUGAAGAAACAUGUCCAGAUCACAGUCAAGUGAGCAUUCAAGGAAUAAACAAUCAGGACCUCUGUCAACCUGAUUCGUGGACUCGUGGGGGUCAAAACACAGAACUGGUUGAGUGUAUGAGUGAUCAAAAUCAGAGUUGUCCAACUUUAGUCAGAGAUUAUAACCAUUUAAGUAAUAGCAGAGGAACAUCUUCAGUAAGAGUAGGGCAACUACCUCAAGUUGAAGUGCAUCAGCCUGGUUGGACAGGUGCAAGUAUGGAAAUCCAUGGACAUGACAGAAGUUUUGCUCAAGGCGUAGACCCUUGUAAUCCAUGGGCGGUGGGAGGUCCAAAUGUAAGGCCCUCAAAGAAUGACAGAAGAAGACUAAGUGAUCCAGAGGCCAUGGGCCCAUUGUGGGAAAAGAUACAAGUGCAAGACAGGAGAGGACACGGCAGUCCAGAGUUCAUGAAAACAGAUCCCUUAAGCCAAGGACCUACUUUGGAGGGCAUAAGACAGGACAGGAGAGGACCAAUCGUCUCAGAUUUCAUGGGAUCAGAGACUGAUGUCAGAGGACCUAACAUGUAUAACUGGCAUGGAGCAGGGGCUGAGCGCGUAUGUACUGACAUGAGAGUUCCAGUACAUGUUAGGAGAAUACCAGAUGUUCAUGAGAGGACACAAGAAGUUGGAAAUUCAACACUGGCUGGUUCCAUAUCUGGCAGAGAAUCUGUAGGUCCCGGUUUCAGGGGUCCAAAACCUGAAAACAAAAAUCCAGCAAUAAAUAUUGUAGGACAUGGUAUUAGAGUUCCACUCAUCCCGGACCAUUUGGGACCAUGUUUUGAAAGAGGUCCCGGUAUGGCGGGCCCUUUACAUGUUAGGAGACAGGCAGAGGAAGGGCCGCUCAAUAGAGGUCCUGCACCUGACUGGAAAGACUUGCCUACAAAGGGUACAAAACAUGACAUGAGAGGCCCAAUAGUUCCAGAUUUCAGUGAACCAUGGAAUGCCAGGAGAGGCCCUGGAAGGGGUAUGCUACACUGUAAUAGAAAAGGACCAGGAGGUCAUGAUGUAAGGGAACAAGGGCCUGUAGUCAAACGGUCUUCAAUGGAAUGUCGACGGAUUGACCCAAACGGAGGCCCAAAUUUCAGUGAACCAGGGAAUGAAAGGAGAGAUAUGCCAGUGAAUAGCCCCAAAUUUGACAGGGAAAGACUGGGAUAUCCAGACUUUAGGGGAAUGCAACCUGACAGAAGAGAAUCAUUUUUGUCUGAGCCACGGUCUGAUAGGCUGCGAGGGCAUAUUAAUGUAAAAGAGUCAAGGUUUGAAAUGAAAGCCGUAGAGGGUCAAGAGCCUCUACAUUUGAUAAGACGGGGAGACAAAAACACUGAUGUGUUUGGCACUGGGGCUUAUGCAUCAGGUCCUGAACAUGACUUAAUUGAAAAUAGUUUUGAAAGGCUCAGUAAUAGACAAGCAUGGGACCCUCAGUCAGAAAGUCGGAAUCCAAAUAUGGAGGAAACACGCCCCUACAGGAGAGGUUCAGAUAGUAGGGGACCAGUGCAUGAAAUAAAUUUCCCAGUGCCUGAUAACCAAGGACAUGGUCUAUUUACGGAACAGGGAAUGAUGGAACCAAGAAUUUCAAACAUGAAUAGACCAGGGCAUCAAAUAUCAGGUCCAAACACAGAAUGUUCAGGGCCUUUCAGUAGACAGCCCGAAAGGCAGGAAACAAGGUUUUGCAGUAGAGGCCCAGGACCUUUUGGACAGCUGCACCCAAAUAAAAAACUUCCAGAAAUAAUGUACCCGGAGUCUAAUCGUAGAAGUUCACAUUUCAGAGCAGGUUUAGAGUCAGAGAGGAAAAUUCCAAGUAGUCAAGAUUUUAGAAGACCAACAUGUCAAAGUAAAAAUACAAAUAAUCCUUUAGGGCUAGAGAGUCAAGAACCAGAAGAGCCAGAUUUCAGAAAUCAGAACUUUGAGAAAGGUCCGGAGGACCCAGGUCGUAAUUGGAGAUCAGAGAGCCCACAAUGCAGGGAACCAGAAAUCUCGCAGAACAACUGUAGAUCAGGUUCAGAUAAAAGAGAAGAUCAAAGACAUGGAAAGAAAUGCGACUUCAGUGUGACGGGCUUUAGAGGUCCAGAAUCAGGUAUAAAUUGUCAUGGAAGCCGAUGGAAAGAGACAGAGGGUGGCUACUCAGACUCUGAAAUGCAUUUUGAAGAUAAGUGGAAACAUCACAAUAACCAAUAUCCUCACCCGAUUCCAAAGGCUAUUGAUGCGCCAGUCUUGGAAUAUCCAGUGGAUCCAGAUGUACAGAUAGGCCCUAAUAUUAGUGGGUUUGAGCUCAUGCCAGAAAGGGAAAAUCUGCCAUUUUCAGGACCUAGGAGAGUUCUUGAGGAUGAUUGGAGGGGUCCUGAUUGUAGGGGUCCAGGCUCUUUUCAAGAUGACAGACUACGCCCUAGGCCUAGAGGCGUAGGACCUAGAAAUGAAUGUAGAAGGCCUGGUCGAGGAAGAUCUGAGCCAAGAUGGAGACCUGAGCACAUUGACUUCAGAGAACGGGGCCAUAAAAGAAGAGGUCCAGGCAUGAAAGUACCUGGGAUAGAUAAAAGAGGCGUUCACAAGGCUCUAAGGCAGUCAGACAAUUCAAGAGGUUCACACACUGAAGGAACUAAACCUGUGCAGAGAAGUUCUAAUUUAAAUAAUUCAUUCCCAAACAGAAGAGAAUUUGAGAUGCAUGACAACAACCCUGUGCGAAGAGAAAUUGGUGAUUUAGAUGUAAGAUUCUGUGGGCCUGAAAAUCCAAAUCUUGGUAGGCCGUUGAGGGAUCUUAGAAGUACAGAACCUAGAGCAGUGGAGCCAGAAAGACAAGGGUUAGACAUUGAAAUAUCUGGGCCACGUAGACAAGGAUUUGAACCUGGUUAUAGGAUGCAAGGCCCAGACAUAAAGUUAAUCCAUAGCAAAAAUGACAUAUGGGGGCCACCUGGAGAUUUAAAAUUGGGGCUUGGGCCUGGUGAAUGGGUUGCAGACACUGAAGUCCCUGUGUGUAAUAGAAAAGAAGAAGAUGAAAGAGGCCCUGAAUUAGACUCAAGGCAACGCAAUCAUGCCAUGAAGGAUGACAUGCAAUGUUCAGACAUAAGAGACUCAGGGAGGUACAACCGUAGCUCAUUCAACAUGAGAGGUAGAGGGUCAAAGCAUAGUGGUCGAUCACCCUGUGGUUCUCAGAGUGGUUAUCAGGGUAGUGACGUAAAGUCAUUUGUCAGCUCAGUAAAUCCCAAAAGUGAAGAAGUAAAAACUCUAAAACCUAGAACUGGCUUGCUUCCGACUCCAACCGAAGGUCGUGUAUCCGCACCAAAUCGUAUAAUGAACAACAUGCAGCAAAAACAAAUAAGCCCUCAUGUUAACAAGUAGUAGUGUAGAGGUAGACCAGUUAGUCAAGAAAGUUACUUUGUUAAAAGGUAAUGGCAUGAGCUUGUAAAAGGUCUUGCUGGCUAUGGUGGAGAACAGCAAAUAAAAUAUGGUAAUAUGUGAUUCAUGAUUCAGCAAAGACAGUAAAACAAAUUUGACACACAUCAAAAUAUCAAUAAAGCUGUAAAUCAUAACAAUAUAACAGUAUUAACAAUACCAAAGCAAAGGCAAUGGAUCUUUGUUUAAAGAAAUGUCACCAGAGUAUUUCUGUUAAACAUGUCAGUCAUGGUCUUUUAUUCAGUGUGUUUAAUUUAGUAUUGUUUUGAAUAAGGUUGUAUAAUGGACCACUUGUGAGUUUAGGGUUUGGAGCAUUUUCAAUGACCCGUCAGAAAUAUUUGUACAUAAAUGUAUAUUUUUUAACAGUCUUAGCGUUUGUCUUGCUUCAGUUUGUGACAGAUUAAAUAAAAACGCUUACUUUU